UAAACACAUGGAUUAACCGUUGUCAAUAGAUGUGGUAACGGAAUAUAUAUAUUGAUCGACGCGUAUCAUUUGUACGACAUCGUACAUGUAUACCAUUUAGUCGUUUCUGCAACUUCGUUGAGGAAAGACGAUGGCGGACGACAUUAUCGCGAUUCAGAAGAAGUUUGGCAGUCUGAACGAGUACAGCAUACAAGUGAAUAGAUGGCUCUCGAAAACAAUAGGGUUAUGGCCACUUCCAUCCUCUACAUCGAAAUUCGAAAAGAUAAUGACGAAGAUACUAAUUCUUCUCUGUUGGAUCAUCGCGCUAUUCGUUACAACACUAAGCUUGUUACGUUUCAUUCUCGUGAAAGAAGAUAUCAUAUCAAAACUGAAAAUGAUUGGCCCAAUAAGUUACUGUAUUGGUGGAGGGCUUAAUUAUGCAGUAUUAUUGUUUCUUAAAGACGAUAUACGUUAUUGUGUAGACCACAUAGAAACCGAUUGGAAUGCGAUCACAAGAAUAAAAGAUCGGCAAGUAAUGCUUAAAAACGCAAAAAUUGGUCGCAUAAUUUCCGGUUGCAUCGCAGGUUUCAUGCAAGUUGACAGUAUUUGUUUUUGCACUAUAUUGGGUGUUUUCAAACAAACAAUCAAAGUCGGCAACGAAAGCAUAAAAGUAUACAUCUUACCUUAUCCAACUUAUAAAAUUCCGGUUGAUACUAAUCCAGGGCAUAGUAUCGUACUUGGUUUUCAAUUUUUGACAACGUGCAUUAUGAGUACUACCGUUGUUAUCGCUUUCAGUCUUGCUACGGUAUUUGCAUGCCAUGCUGUUGGCCAGUUAACUAUAAUGGUUACGUGGAUCGAAGAAUUUGUAAAUCGGCCACAAGAAGAAAAUAAAAAUAUGCGAGUUAAUGAAAUGAGUGUAAUCAUCGAACAUCAUUUAAGAAUUCUUAGUUUUCUAGGACGUACUGAACAUCUAUUGAGUCCAAUAUGCUUCAUGGAAAUGUUCAAGAAUAUUUUCAGUAUAUGCUUGUUUAGCUAUUGCAUUCUUGCGGAAUGGUCUGGACGUGAUGUUAGAGCCCUCAGUGCAUAUGCUUUUUGCGUGACGUGUAUAGUAUUAAAUACAUUUUUAAUAUGUUAUAUCGGUGAAAUACUUUCUGAAAAAUGUAGAAAAGUUAGUAAUAUGAUUUAUAUGACAAACUGGUAUCAAUUAUCUGAAAAAGAUAUUCUUGAUCUGAUUAUGAUUAUGAUACGAUCUGGAAUGGAAUACAAAAUGACUGCCGGAAAGAUAAUUAAUAUGUCAGUAAUUACGUUUGGUAAUAUAAUAAAAACUAUUUUUACGUAUUUAAAUAUAUUAAUUCAAACAACAUUGUAAAGUGCACAUGUAUUGAAUAUAUAAAAAAAUAUAUAUCUAAAAUAUCUAAUAAUAAACUUUGCAUAUUAGUAAUUUCAUUUG